AUGGUUCAUGUUAACGGAUCGGAUGCAGAUCUAGCCCUUUACAACAAGAUUGAUCAGGAACGCGAGGGUGAGAAAAUCGACAGAGCUUUACUGAAGACUGUGAUAAAUUUGUAUAUUGAGAUGGGAAAAGGAAAAAUGGAUUAUUACGUUAACGACUUUGAAGAGGCAAUGCUUCGAGAUUCUGCCUGUCAUUAUUCUCGGAAAGCUUCAACCUGGAUUGUCGAAGAUACUUGUCCAGAAUAUAUGCUGAAGGCGGAUGAGUGCUUGAAAAAAGAGAAGGAAAGAGUUUCUCAUUAUCUGCACACGAACAGUGAGACAAAACUUCUGGAGAAAGUGCAAAAUCAGGUAUUGAUUACAUAUACCAAUCAGUUGCUUGAGAAGGAGGAUUCUGGAUGCCGAGCGUUGCUUAAAGACGAGAAGGUUGAGGAAUUAACUCGAAUGUAUAGUCUAUUCCACAAAAUUCCUAAAGGGAUAGAACUAGUUGCAGAGAUAUUUAAGCAGCACAUUGCUGCUGAAGGCAUGGUCGUGGUUCAACAGGCUGCAGAUGCAGCACAGAACAAGACCGAAAGUUCAGGAAGUUCACCGGAGCAGGACUUUGUCAAGAAGGCAUUUGAGAUUCAUGACAAGUAUAUGGUGUAUGUGAAAGGUUGUUUUGCUGAUAAAACUAUCUUUCACAAGGCUCUGAAGGAGGCAUUUGAGGUCUUCUGUAACAAAAGUGUUGCCGGCUCUUCAACCGCGGAGCUCCUUGCUUCUUACUGUGAUAAUACCCUUAAGAAAGGUGGGAAUGAACAACUCAGUGACGAUGCUAUUGAGGAUACAUUGGAUAAGGUGGUCAAGCUUGUGAUGUACAUCAGCGACAAAGAUGUGUUUGCUGAGUUCUACAGGAAGAAGCUUUCUCGCCGAUUGCUUUUUGAUAGAAGUGGCAAUGAAGAACAUGAAAGGCUUAUCUUAUCAAAGCUAAAACAGCAGUGUGGUGGACAGUUUACAUCCAAGAUGGAGGGAAUGGUAACAGAUUUGUCAUUGGUGAAGGAAAAUCAGACUCACUUACAGGAAUAUAUCAGUAAGAACCCUGCAGCGAAUCCUGGAAUCGAUAUGACUGUCACCGUUCUUACAACUGGAUACUGGCCUAGUUAUAAAUCUUGUGAUCUGAAUCUCCCUGUCGAAAUGGCGAAGGGUGUGGAAUCCUUCAAGGAAUUUUAUCAGAAGAAAACGAAACACAGGAAAUUGACUUGGAUAUUCUCAUUGGGACAAUAUCUUAACGGAAAGUUUGAGCAGAAAACUAUUGAACUGAUUCUCGGAACUUACCAGGCUGCUGCUUUAUUACUCUUCAACGCUUCUGAUAAAUGGAGUUACUCCGACAUCAAGAGUGAGUUAAACUUGGCCGAUGAAGACUUAACCAGAGUGCUGGCAUCUGUGUCAUGUGCCAAGUACAAAAUUCUUAACAAGGAGCCCAGCAGUAGAACUAUUUCAUCAACUGAUACUUUUGAGUUUAACACUCAGUUUACUGACAAAAUGAGGAGGAUUCGGGUCCCUUUGCCUCCUGUUGACGAUAGGAAGAAGAUGGUUGAGGAAGUCGGCAAGGACAGGCGUUAUGCCAUUGACGCCUGUCUGGUGCGUAUAAUGAAGGCCAAGAAAGUUCUAACUCAUCAGCAGCUAAUUUUGGAGUGUGUUGAGCAGUUGAGCAAAAUGUUCAAGCCUGAUGUCAAAGCAAUCAAAAAGAGGAUCGAAGAUCUUAUCACUCGAGACUACUUGGAAAGAGACCUGGAGAACACGAACACGUACAAGUACAUUGCUUGAGGCACUGAUCUCAUAUCUGGUUGGCAUUGACUGCACUUUGACACUACGUCGAAUAAGGACUGCUAGUUUCUUGGUUGUUGUAGCUUACUGUACGUCAGAAAGACUCGUAAAUCUCAUAAGCCAAUGUGUUUGCAGUUUCAGUUUGAUAAUCAUUGCAUCUUGCUCUAUGACGAGAAAAUUUUUACAGUUUUAGAUAUCACCAUCUGUCAGCUGUCUUAGUUCAUCUUUGCAGUACAAUUCUUAGCAGUAUCACUAUGUAUUUCCCUUUGUUCUUGUUGAUUUUUGUGCAAGUCUUAUACUUUGGUGGUUGCAGUUAUGCCAACAUUUAUUGUUGAUUGUUUUUGCUUAGCAAUGGACUC